AUGAAGCAAACGACGGACAAGGACGCGGAGGAAGGCCUCUUCAUCAACGAGGCGGCCCCGAUCAAACUGUGGCACGAGGCCGAGAACAUCGCGCCCGAGGUGGUGGGCAAGGACAGCUUCAACGACCAAGGGUUUGUGCUCCGGGCGCGGGCCGACACGGGCGAAGACAUCCACCUCUGGACGUUCAUGUACCAGCAACGCGGCCGGGAGUCGAUCAUCCCGGCCGACGUGAACCAGAUGCUGCUGAUCUGCGGCAAGUUCAGCGAGCAGGACAAGGAGUACAUGAACCCGUUCGCCAACGCGACGACGGUCAACGUGGGCCAGGACGUGGCCGACUACUUCAAGCCGGGGUCGAUCAAGAUCGCCGAGGAGGCGGACCGGGUGGUGUGGCGGUGCGAGAACCUCGAGUACAUCUGCACGCCGCCCAAGUGGCACGUCCGGGGCGAGCGCGGCGGGGUCAAGGUCGACAUCCAGUGGACGCAGGUCAACGACGCCUUCUGGCACCUGGGCACGUUUGAGAACUUGAAGCGGCCCGGCAUGGCCGGCUACGUGGUGCACUGCCGGGCCUCGGGCAGCGUCGAGGUCGACGGCAAGGUGAUGCGGUUCAGCAACCAGUACGGCACGCACGAGCGUAUCACGCAGCAGAUCUACGUGCCCGACCGGUCCGGCCACAUGGGCGGCAAGGGCCUGCACUGGAUGCACGGCUACAGCGAGAGCCUCGACUGGUUCCUGAUGCGCAGCGACGUCGGCAAGGGCCUGGGCACCGCCAUGAUCAACGUCGGCGCCCAGCAGAUCCUGCUCGACGACCCCAGCAGCUGCGGCGUCGAGGAGAACGGCAACUGGAUCGACCCCCAGAGCCGGGUGGUCACGCCGUUCAAGUGGCGUGUCUGGAUCCGCACCCCCCAGGGCACCCUCGAGACCCUGGUGCAGAGCUACGCCCGCCAGUACUACACCUGGGUGCGCCGCGGUGCCACCCUCAUCGUCAACCAGCACUGCGCCGACGCCCAGACCGACUUCACCUUCCCGGACGGCCGCAAGAUCUCGGAGAAGCAGAUUGUCAGCAUCGAGCACAUGCGCACCUUCUACCGCCAGCUCAGCACCAUCCAGAACCGGGGCGGGCCCGAGCAUCUGUUUCAGUAG